GCGCAUGCGCAGACCGCGUCGGGGCUGGAGCACGUGAAUCGCGAACGGCAUGUGUGCAGUGCAAAGUUGUAAACAUGACAGCCGACUCUCUGGCCGAGAUCGCCGGGGAGACUCAGCGUUGUUCACGGAUUUUCUGAGACGGUUUGGUGGACCCGAUGCCGCUUGGCAGCAAGCCGGCGUGCGUCAAGUGCGGGACUCGCGAGACCGCUCUGUGGCACUCCACCGACGCCGGUAACUUGUGCAAUGCCUGUCUGGAGGACGAGCGGAACGCCGAGGCGGGCUCGUCCUCCAGGGCGGACGAGGAGGCGGACAAGAGUGGCUCGUUGAAGCCCAGGAGGAGCACGCGGAUCACGAGGUAUUGCAACUCGAAGGCGACGGGGCCGCACAGAAUUGUGCCCAAGGGCAAGGGUCGCAGGAACCUGUUUAAGAAAACGCCGGUCAAGGCACCUACAGCCACCGCGACUCCGGUCACCAGCAACUUUGUGUUCUACAAGGGCACGUAUUUUCAAGUCGGAGAUAUAGUCUCCAUGCAGGACGUAGACGGUGGGAUUUAUUACGCCCAGAUACGUGGCUUGUUGACGGAUCAGUAUUGCGAAAAGAGCGCCGCUGUUACCUGGCUGUUGCCCACCACAGCGAGCCCUCCACCGGAAGAAGGCUUCAUUCCCGAGACGUAUAUAAUCGGACCGGAGGAAGAUUUACCUCGUAAAUUGGAGUGCAUGGAAUUUGUAAUGCAUGCUCCGUCUGACUACUUCAAGUUGAAGAACAGUCCCUAUCCACCUCCACUCACGGAGAAGGGAGCGGGCUACAUAUGGACAACUCUUAGAAACGAACUGGCUAUAUCUAAAAAAUGACAGUAAUUCUUCAUCGACAGUAAUUCUUCACGUGUCGUUAGUGUCGCUCUAAACUUAAAAUAAUUUCUAUAUGCAAAUAUUUUUUUUUUAUACUUUUAUUAUACUUUUAGUCGUGUGUAUUAUUUUAAUUAAGAAUGCUUAGACUGUUGAAUUACGAAAAUGCAUAGGACUCACAAUACUUGACAUGACGAAAAUUUGAUGUACGCUGAAUAUAUCGCUGUAUAAUAUAGAAAUGAUCUUGCGAAAAACAAUACACAUUUAUAAUAA